AUCACACAGUCUUCAAGAAACACAUAUUCUACAUACAAUCUUACUCUAGGAUGUCUUCAUCUCGCCUAAUCGCAGUUGUCGGCGGCACCGGCGCCCAAGGUAUCCCUGUCGUACGGGAUCUUUUGCAAUCCGGGAACUAUGCCAUCCGAGCACUUACGCGCGAUGCCUCUAGCUCCCGCUUCCGAAAGCUUCAGUCUUUCGGGACAGUGGAACCCGUUAUCGGCACAUUUGCCUCCGAGAACGACCUGCGGGCUACGUUCCGCGGUGCCUGGGGCGCGUUCGUCAAUAUUGACGGCUUCAACUCCGGCGAGAAAACCGAGAUCUUCUGGUCUAUUAGGGCAUACGAGCUGGCUAUUGAAGAGGGUGUGCAGUUCUUCGUCUUCGGGAAUCUUGAUUACGCUUAUAAGAAGAGUGGCUAUAGACCCGAGUUCAGAGCUGGUCAUUACGAUGGCAAAGGGCGUAUCGGCGAGUGGAUCCUACAGCAGAACCGCGAAAACCAGCAUCGCAUGAAGGCCGCCCUUUUUACAACUGGUCCGUAUAUGGAGAUGACUAUCUCCUAUAACACACCUAUGACCAUUUCCGUUGAGAAUGGCGUGGCGACAUGGCGUCUGCCUCUGAAAGACGGUGCAGUACCCUAUGUUUCCCUGGACGACUGCGGUUACUACGUGAAAUGGCUAUUCGACCACCCCGAACGAGCGAAUGGUCUCGACCUCGGAGUCGCCAUAGACCACAUCGGACGCGACGAACUAGCCCAAGCCUUCGAAAAGGUCACUGGACACCCAGCUCGCGCCAUCAACCUCGGCCUCGACGAAUACUUCGCCGACGUAUGGACGGGGAUAGACCCUUCGCUUCCUGCGGGGUACAACGCGGAUCCGAACGACCCAGCGACGUUGAGUCUUAAGCAGAACUUCUCGGGGUUCUGGACCACAUUUCAGAAUUCGGGCGGCAAUAAGGGCGUCUUGAAAAGGGACUACAAGUUGCUGGAUGAGAUUCAUCCUCAUCGCAUUAGGAGUGCGGAGGAAUUCUUCCGGCGUGAGAAUGAGAAGGGUAUUAAGGAGGGAUUGGGCACACUUUGGGAGAGAGUCCAGCCCGGUCGGAUUGGACAUAUCCUAAAGAUUACAGAGGAUGGGAGGGUUGGUACACUGUGA